AAUGACGUCAACAUCGCGUAAACAAAAACACAAAUGUCAAACAGUCAUAUGAGCCACGUUGGAACCCUUUAAUUGUGUUAAACAUAAAAUACCAUUAUUUCUUUCCCUAAGCCCCUAUUUUCUAUUAAAUGAAACCCUGAUUUUUUAAAUAAGCAGCCCUAAGAACUGAUUCAAGAUGAAAGUAAAGGACAUUGAGAGGACUGCGAAUGUGGCUUGGUCUCCUAAAAAUCACCACCCUAUCUAUAUUGCAGCUGGCACAGCAGCUUCACAAUUGGAUGCUUCAUUUAAUACUAAUGCAGCUUUAGAAAUUUACUCAUUAAAUCUGACUGAACCAGGCCCAGAUACUCAGUUAGUCUCAUCCCUAGCAAGUGAGCACAGAUUUCAUAAACUAAUUUGGGGUCCUUCCGGAAGUGACUCUAGUGGUACUAUUAUUGCUGGAUGCGAUGAUGGAUUACUACAGAUUUAUAGUGCUUCCAAACUCCUUAAAAAUGAAGAAGCUUUAGUAGGCAGACAGCAAAAACACUCGGGACCAGUGCAUGCCUUGGAUUUUAAUAGUUUUCAACAAAAUUUGUUUGCGACUGGGGCUGGAGAAUCUGAGAUAUUUAUUUGGGAUCUAAAUAAUACAACUACACCAAUGUCACCAGGUGCCAAAUCUCAGCCAUUGGAAGAUGUCCUUUCAGUAGCAUGGAAUAAACAGGUUCAGCAUAUUUUGGCCUCAUCAUUUGCAUCUAAAUGUGUCAUAUGGGAUUUGAGGAAAAACGAACCAAUUAUAAAACUGACUGAUACAGUUUCAAGAAUUCGCUGGAAAAUGGUUGCUUGGCAUCCCGAGGUCGCUACCCAGCUUUGUUUGGCAUCAGAGGAAGAUCAUUCUCCUGUAAUCCAAGUCUGGGACCUGAGAUUCGCCACUUCGCCCUUAAAAACCCUUGAAAAUCAUCAGCGCGGAGUCUUGGCCAUCUCAUGGUGCGAUCACGACUCUGAUUUACUUAUCAGUUGCGGCAAAGAUGACCGGAUUUUAUGUUGGAACCCCAAUUCCAACCAACCAAAUGGAGAAGUUUUAUCAGAAAUUGCUAAAACCAACCAAUGGAGCUUUGACGUCGCUUGGUGUCCCAGAAAUCCUGCUUUGAUUGCGUGUCCUAACUAUGACGGACAUGUGGCUGUUUAUUCUAUAAUGGGCGGUAAAACUCAACAAAUCCAGACAACCAACAAAAUAGCUGACAGUUUUCCUGGUAUGGAUGGAUUUGUUCAGGCACCUACCCAACAACAAACUCAUGCAAUAGUGAGUGUCGAUCCAACGAAGCCCCCCAAAUGGUUGAGGAAACCUGUUGGAGCUAGUUUUGGAUUUGGCGGAAAAUUAAUUACAUUUGAAACCGACAAGGAAGCGUUAGCUCAGGCCCAACAAAACGUGCAGCCUGGCCAACUUCCGCCACCGGUUCACCGAACAGUUCAAAUCAGCCAAGUGAUAACAGAGGCUGAGUUUGUUCGAAAAUCGGCUGCGUUAGAACAGGCCUUGGAGAGUGGAAACUAUGUUGACUAUUGCUUGAAUAAAUCCAACGAAACGAGUGAUCAACACAAGAAAUUUGUGUGGCAUUUCCUUAAGGCCAAUUUUGAACCUAACCCUAGGGCAGAAUUCCUGAAUUUAUUAGGAUAUAAAGUGGAAGAUGUAAAUACUAAGUUGUGUCAACAUAUUGGAAAGCCUUUGUUGAAGAGUAAAAUGGACGGUUUGGUCGAUCAGUUUGAGGGAAAUAGGAUAGAAGAUUAUGAUGAUUCAGGUGAUCCUUUUGACAACAUUUCUCAACAAAACGGAAUCGAUAAAUCGACGGUCCCUUUCCAAAUUAAAACUAACGAUGAUACAGAUGGUUUAAUAACCCAAGCUCUUCUACUAAACAACAUCGAGGCAGCCGUAGAACUCUGUCUUAAAGCCGACAGAUACGCUGAUGCUCUCAUUAUUGCAACUACAGGUGGCCCGGAUCUUUUGGCAAAAACUCAGCAUCAGUACUUAGAAAAAUCGAAAGGUUAUGUGUCCAAUCUGAUUUCCGCUUUGAUUUCCGAGGAUUGGGGCUCUGUGAUAAAUAAUUGUGAUAUAGGAAAUUGGAAGGAGGCUCUCGUGGCUGCCGUUACGCAUGCUUCAGAAGAAGAUUUUCCUAUUUUAUGUGAACAGUUGGGUAGUAGGCUAGAAUCUGAGAGUUACUCAAACCCAAAAAUGGCUCAAGACGCGCAACUGUGUUACAUUUGCUCCGGCGAUUUUGACAAAUUGGUUACAAGUUGGAGCGGAAAUUCGAUCACUUCGACCAAGGAUCUACAGGAGUUAGUUGAAUUAAUAUCAUUCCUUCAAAAGGCCAUGGAACGGCAAGGCAAACGUGUUCAAAUUUCGGGAGCGUUAGCAGAUCUUUUAUCCCAGUAUGCUUCCCUAUUAGCGGCCCAGGGCUCACUUCAAACCGCAUUGGGCUAUUUAGGAAAUUCUCAAAAUGAAAAAGUUGCAUCUCUGAGGGACAGAUUAUUAACAGCUUUAGGUCAAAAACCGUUAAACAUUCAGGAAAUUCGGCAACAACAAGCCAGACGAGGAAGCACCAGGGUGUCACAGAGCGGAUAUGGAGGAGGCAGCAUAAGUGGAUUCAAUCAAAACCAGUACACCGCUCAGCCCACGCCCCAGAUCCCAGCUCCACAGCCACCAGCACCCUUCGCAACGAACAAUUUUAACACUGGCCUGCCAAACGCUUCUGUUGGAAGUCAACCAUGGCAAACUCAAGCGAUGCCUCCCUCUUCUGGUAGUCAGCCGUGGCAAACUCAGCCUCAACCGCCAAAAGUUUUUUCACCUGCGCCGCCUCCACGUCCUGAUAGUGUCGGAUCGGGAAGAGGUAUUGCCGGUCCACUUUCUCGCAAACACGUCCGAGAUCCGUCGGUGACCAAUAGCCAAUUUCCUCCUAUGAACAAUCCAUACACGCCUGCCCCCUACGACAAUAAUAGUUACAAUCCCGGUGGCGCUGCUUUUGGUCAACCGGCUCCUCAAGUAUACCAGCCUCCACCUAUGUCAGGGAGUGUUGGCGCAAUGUCACCGAUUCCGAACCCAAUGCUUAACCCGGUUCCGUCGGUUCAACAACCACCAAUAGAAACGGCUCAACCGGCUAUUAACUAUCAAGCGCAGGCGCCUCCUGGAUGGAAUGAUCCACCGGUGGUGAAUAGAUCUGUGAGGCAACAGAAAAUGGUGGUGGAACGGAUAAUGUCACCAGUCCAUGCCGGAACGAGAUUAUGGCGAAAGCCAAAACCAGAUCUCGUCGCAUCAGAACCCAUCACCCAUCCAAUAUAUGGAUCCGCUCCGGUUCAAACUCAACCUGCAAGUAAUGGAUACGGAUAUGGAGACGCUCCAUUUCAACCACCUCCGAUGCAACCCUAUGGCGCGCCAGCCCCAAAUACUUUUAAUCCUCCUCCGAGUGGAGGUCUGCCUCCUUCCCAGAGCGCAUAUACUCCCCAAACAGUACCGUUUGUGCCUUCUGGUGGCGAUCAAGGUUUCAAUCCGGGUCUGCCACCCUCUGGUGGGUUCAAUACCAGUCAUUUUAAUCAAAAUGCAAUAGGUGGUGGCCAGAGCCAAGCAAUAGCUCCUCCAAUGCCAAAACCAGCUGCACCACAACCUGUUCAUAAACCACCUGUACCCUCGGAACACGAAAUAAUUCAAAAGAUAUUUGAUGAAUUGAAAGAGAGAUGUAAUUGCACCAGCAAUAAUCCGCAAACGAAACGAAAACUUGAAGAUGUGGGUCGAAGACUUGAAACGCUUUACGACAGUCUACGUUACAACUCUCUAUCGCAAAACACUUUAACUAGUUUACAUCAAAUAGUGCAGUUUGUCCAAGCGGGCGAUUACGCAAGUGGGCUUCAGUUACAUACCCAACUGGUUCAAGGUCCGGAUUUUGCGCAAAUUGCUAGUUUUAUGCCUGGAAUUAAAGUAUUGAUACAAUUAGCGCUUCAAUUACACGUUUACUUACAAUAGAACAUGAAUAAUUUUAUAGUUUUGAUGGGCAAUUUUUUCAAAAGAAGUAAAUAAAAUUGUAAAGUGUAAAAAUUUUGUAUGUUAUCCCUUUAAUAUUUUAAGUAUUUUCUUUUAAUCUCGAUAAAAAUUUAAAUAAUUGUGCUAUUAUAGUCUCCUACUAUUAACCAGUGAAUUUUAUAUUUUCUAAACAUCCUGGAUUGAAGUUGUUAUACAUACAGAACAUUAACAUGUUAGAUUAUUAUAUUUUAUUUGUUAAUUUUAUGGUUAGUUUAUUAUUAAAUUGCUUUUUCUAAUAAAGGACAUUUAAUAUACAUA